AAUGCCCUCUUGGAUCUCCUUUUUUCAGUAUUCUGUUUUGUCGACGCCAGCUUUUAAAUGGAUGGAUUCUAAGACCGUCAACAUUGACCAGCAGUGUUUCAUCGCAUGUGUAUACAGCUUGUGUGGUCUUAUUGUAUCAUGUGGAUUUCGAUGCUUUGGUUUGACGCCACGGCUUCUGCCAAAAAUGGGCGCUGUCUCAAACGGCAAGUACAGGCCUUUAUUCUUGUUAGCCUUUUCCAGGUGAUUCUCGGGCAGAUUCGUUAUUCUAUUCAAGAGGAGAUGAGAAAGGGCUCGUUUGUUGGAAAUGUGGCGGAGGAUUUAGGAAUGAACGCUAAGCAAAUGAAAUCGGGAGGUGCUCGCAUUGUUAGUGGUGAUAGCAGCGAGUAUAUCAGGUUGGAUGUAGACAAAGGGACCCUGGUCGUGGGAGAGAGGAUAGACAGGGAGCAGCUUUGCGGGCAGACAUCGCCCUGCAGCGUGAGCUUCGAGAUGAUUAUGAUGAAUCCGAUGCAGCUGCAUAGUAUUCUAGUAGAAAUACUAGAUGUUAACGAUAAUGCCCCCUUUUUUAACGAAAAGGAAAUCAAAUUAGAUAUCUCUGAGUCAGCUCUACCGGGGACACCGAUAUUGCAGGAGAGUGCGACAGAUACCGACGUUGGUAUCAACGCGCUUCAAGGCUACACAUUGCACCCUACCGAUAAUUUCAACAUUAAAAUCCAGACUGGUUCCGACGGCAGUAAAUAUGUGGAGAUGUAUCUGUAUGCGCCUUUAGACCGAGAGAAAAAUGAUAACCUGCCUCUGACAUUGACUGCUGUGGAUGGCGGUGAACCGCAGAGAUCUGGGACACUUAAAAUACAAAUAUCAGUACUUGAUGCCAAUGAUAAUGUCCCUGUUUUUACACAACCUAAUUUCAAGGCGACAGUAACAGAAAAUGCACCUAAAGGAACAUUAGUGACAACCAUCCGCGCAACAGACCGAGACGAAGGCUUAUAUGGUCAAGUUACUUACUAUUUUACGCGCAUGUCCAAUAAUUUUGCUGAGCUUUUUGCAUUGCAUGAAAACACAGGCGACAUAACAGUCAGUGGACCAAUUGAUUAUGAAAAAAAUAAACACUACGAACUCGGCGUGCAAGCCAAAGACCAAGGAGGACAAAGUGCUUCCACAAAAGUAAUAAUUGACGUUAUUGAUGUGAACGACAAUGUCCCCUUGAUUACACUGACGUCAUUCUCGAGUCCAGUAUCCGAGGACGCGAUUAGUGGCACUACCGUGGCUAUAAUAAAUGUCAAAGACAUAGAUUCUGAUAAAAACGGAAAGGUAGAUUGUUCGAUAAAUACUAAGAUCCCGUUUGCCAUCCAGUCGUCUUUAAAGAGCUAUUACACCCUUGUGACGGAUGGUGUUUUGGACAGAGAGCGCAAUGUCGAAUAUAACAUCACAUUCACAGCCGUAGAUGAGGGUACCCCGCCCCUCUCGGCGAGUAAAUCCAUCACACUGAGAAUCUCAGAUGUUAAUGACAACGCGCCCGUUUUUGAGCUGAGUUUAUACACUGCGAAUGUGAUGGAAAACAACUCUCCGGGGGGGUCCGUGUUUUCUGUGAGAGCCCACGACUUAGAUUGGGGUCAAAAUGCACGCGUGUCCUACCUGCUCAUAGAAUCUCAAUUAAAUGGAAAUCCAAUAUCGUCUUACAUCUCCGUUAAUGCAGAGACAGGUGUCAUCCAGGCGGUGCGCUCCUUUGAUUAUGAGCAAACUAAAUCGUUUGAGAUGUAUAUCAAAGCUCAAGAUGGAGGCUCCCCUUCUCUCAGCAGCAAUGCCACAGUCAAAAUUAGUAUCCGUGAUCAGAAUGACAACGCGCCUCAGGUUCUGUACCCAGUCCAGACUAGCAGCUCUCUGGUGGCUGAAAUGGUGCCCCGUUCAGCAGAUGUGGGCUAUCUUGUCACUAAAGUGGUGGCUGUUGAUGUGGACUCUGGACAGAAUGCCUGGCUCUCGUAUAAACUGCUGAAAGCGACAGACAGGGCGCUGUUUGAAGUGGGCUUACAGAAUGGGGAAAUUAGAACUAUACGCCAAGUCAAUGAUAAAGAUGCUGUGAAACAAAGGCUCACUGUUGUAGUGGAGGACAACGGGCAGCCCUCUCGUUCAGCUACAGUCAAUGUUAACGUGGCGGUGGCGGACAGCUUCCCUGAAGUGCUCUCGGAGUUCACUGACUUUACGCACGACAAGGAGUACAAUGACAACCUGACUUUUUACUUAGUCUUGGCUCUGGCUGUAGUCUCAUUUCUGUUCAUCACGUGUUUAGUGGUUAUUAUAUCAGUGAAAAUAUACAGAUGGAGACAGUCUCGCAUCCUCUAUCAUUCCAAUCUCCCGGUUAUUCCGUAUUAUCCACCGCGUUACGCAGACACUUUGGGGACAGGAACUCUACAGCACGUGUACAAUUACGAGGUGUGCAGGACGACUGACUCCAGAAAGAGUGACUGUCAGUUCGCCAGACCCUGUAGUCAGAACGUACUGAUAAUGGACCCCAGCUCUACAGGGACGAUGCAGCGGAUGCAGAGUGAAAAGCACAUCCUGGAUGAACCAGCCUCUCCACUAGAGGUGAGUUGA